CAGCACAGUUCCAAAGCAAUAUAAAAGGACUUUGCAACAGCCCUGGGAGCAGACACAUUCUCUGCUAGGAAUGAUGUCGUACCUGAAAGUAAUGAUCAUAUGGAACAUACUUUGCUUAUCCCUGGUGGUCCUUUCACUGUCCUUGAUUCCAGAAGUGUCUUCUCAAGAUGAAUCAAGCUGUACAGGGAGAUGUGGGGCAGGGUAUUCUAGAGAGCAUGACUGCCAGUGUGAUUUUAACUGUCACCGCUACAUGGAGUGCUGCCCUGACUUCAGGAAAGUCUGCACAGUGGCCGCCUCCUGCGAGGGACGCUGCUUUGAAUCCUUCGAGAGGGGAAGGGAGUGUGACUGCGAUGCUGACUGCGACCGAUAUGGCAAAUGCUGCCCAGACUACGCCAAGUACUGUAAAGAGGCACACACAGAAAAACCAACCCCAGAGACUCCUCCAGAUAACAAAUCUAAAAGGUCCUCCACAGAUGAAGAGUCACCAGAAGAAGCUGUGGAAGAUCCUGAAAUCCAACUGACCACUCCUGCUCCAACUACAGAACCUGCAGAGACAACCCCUGACGCCACAGAGGAACCAGCCACUGAAGCUGACACUCCCGCUCCAGAAGUGGCAGAAGAUGUGACCCCUGAUGCCACAGAGGAACCACUGACUGAAGUGGACCCUACAGACCUCCCAACACAGGAUCCAACCCCUGACACCACCGAGGAACCAGCAACUGACUCUGAGCCUCCCAGCACCCCUCCACCAGAGGAGACAACCCCAGAGGAGCCGACCACCCCACCACCAGAGGAGACAACUCCAGAGGAGCCAACCACCCCUCCACCAGAGGAGACAACCCCUCCACCAGAGGAGACAACCCCACCACCAGAGGAAACAACUCCAGAGGAGCCAACCACCCCACCACCAGAGGAGACAACCCCUCCACCAGAGGAGACAACCCCUCCACCAGAGGAGACAACCCCUCCACCAGAGGAGACAACCCCUCCACCAGAGGAGACAACCCCUCCACCAGAGGAGACAACUCCAGAGGAGCCAACCACCCCACCACCAGAGGAGACAACCCCAGAGGAGCCAACCACCCCUCCACCAGAGGAGACAACCCCUCCACCAGAGGAGACAACCCCUCCACCAGAGGAGACAACCCCUCCACCAGAGGAAACAACUCCAGAGGAGCCGACCACCGCUCCACCAGAGGAAACCACCCCACCACCAGAGGAGACAACCCCUCCACCAGAGGAGACAACCCCUCCACCAGAGGAAACAACUCCAGAGGAGCCUACCACCCCUCCACCAGAGGAGACAACCCCUCCACCAGAGGAGACAACCCCAGAGGAGCCGACCACCCCGCCACCAGAGGAGACAACUCCAGAGGAGCCAACCACCCCCACACCAGAGGAGACAACCCCUCCACCAGAGGAGACAACCCCUCCACCAGAGGAGACAACCCCAGAGGAGCCGACCACCCCACCACCAGAGGAGACAACCCCUCCACCAGAGGAGACAACUCCAGAGGAGCCAACCACCCCCACACCAGAGGAGACAACCCCUCCACCAGAGGAGACAACCCCUCCACCAGAAGAAACAACUCCAGAGGAGCCGACAACCCCUCCACCAGAGGAGACAACCCCAGAGGAGCCAACCACCCCUCCACCAGAGGAGACAACCCCUCCACCAGAGGAGACAACCCCAGAGGAACCAACAACCCCCACACCAGAGGAGACAACCCCAGAGGAGCCGACCACCCCCACACCAGAGGAGACAACUCCAGAGGAGCCAACCACACCUCCACCAGAGGAGACAACCCCUCCACCAGAGGAGACAACCCCAGAGGAGCCCACAACCCCCACACCAGAGGAGACAACCCCAGAGGAGCCCACAACCCCUAAACCAGAAGAGACAACCCCAGAGGAGCCGACCACCCCCACACCAGAGGAGACAACUCCAGAGGAGCCAACCACACCUCCACCAGAGGAGACAACCCCUCCACCAGAGGAGACAACCCCAGAGGAGCCCACAACCCCCACACCAGAGGAGACAACCCCAGAGGAGCCCACAACCCCUAAACCAGAAGAGACAACCCCAGAGGAGCCCACAACCCCCACACCAGAGGAGACAACCCCAGAGGAACCAACAACCCCUAAACCCGAAGAGACAACCCCAGAGGAGGCCACAACCCCCACACCAGAGGAGACAACCCCAGAGGAGCCCACAACCCCUAAACCCGAAGAGACAACCCCAGAGGAGCCAACCACCCCCACACCAGAGGAGCCCACAACCCCUAAACCCGAAGAGACAACCCCAGAGGAGCCCACAACCCCCACACCAGAGGAGACAACCCCAGAGGAACCAACAACCCCUAAACCCGAAGAGACAACCCCAGAGGAGCCCACAACCCCCACACCAGAGGAGACUACCCCAGAGGAGCCGACCACCCCCACACCAGAGGAGACAACCCCAGAGGAGCCCACAACCCCCACACCAGAGGAGACAACCCCAGAGGAGCCCACAACCACCCCCACACCAGAGAAGACAACCCCAGAGGAACCAACAACCCCUAAACCCGAAGAGACAACCCCAGAGGAGCCGACCACCCCCACACCAGAGGAGACAGCCCCAGAGGAGCCCACAACCCCUAAACCAGAAGAGACAUCAUCCAAGGAGCUGAUCAUCCCCACACCAGAGGAGACAACUCCUGAAGAGCCAGCGACUUUAGCGGACUCUCCCACCACCACUAACCCUGAAGAGACAACUCCAGAGGAGCCAACAACCCCCAAAGCUGAAGAGACAACCCCAGAAAAGCCUUCAACCAAGGCAGACUCUCCCACCACCCCAAAACCUGAAGAAACAACCCCAGAGGAGCCAACAACACCCAAACCAGAGGCGACUACCCCAGAGGAGCCAACAACCAAGGCAAACUCUCCCACUACCCCCAAAUCCAAAGAAACAACCACAGAAAAAACUACAACCAAGCCAGACUCUCCUACCACCCUUAAAGAAGAGGAUUCUGACUCUCCGACCAGCCCUGCAGCACUUGAUGCCUAUACCACUGCUUCUCCAGACAAUGCUGCAGCCACAACAGCUGGGAAGGACUCCCCCACACCUGAGGCAGGCACAAUACUUACAGAUGCCACAGUGGAUAACAAGGAGACAACAACACCCAAGAAAGACAGAACUACUCUGCUUAAAGACAUUUUCACAGCUGCAACUGGGAAAGACACAGUUACGGUAGCUAUGGUGACAACAGCUAAACCAGAUUCUCCUAAAGGUAUGGAUGACAUUCCAGACACAUCUCCUAUGGCCAAGGAACCUGUCACUGCAGCAGCUGAAUCAGAAACAACUUCUACAGACACCAAGACUGCAACAACAGCAGCCACAGCUCCCUUUUCCAGUCCCACUGUGCUGGUAACAACCAUCAAAGAAGAUUCAACUCCUCAACCCAGUGAGGCUGUAACACCAAAUGAAAAAGAGACAGCUACAGACACUGAGCAGGCUGGGCCAGCAGCACAUAAAGACAGCCCAGGUGCUGCUUGUGUUAUUGUGGAGAUGACAACAGCUGGUAAAAAAGAGGUAACAAUCAUCAAAGAAAUGGGCACCACACCUGAAAAAGAAAUAGAAGAUGUCACUGAAAAGGCUCCUGGUAUUGACAAAGAAGAGGUAACUACAGUUACUGAAGAAACUACUACAAGAGAUAAAAAGGACACAAUAGAAGAAAUGUAUCUUGUGUCCAAUGGGACAUCCAAGCCAACAAUACAUUUCCAGGAAGUCACUGAGGCCAGAGAAGAAGCUCACCCAACUGAACCUGAAACUCUGCCAGUGAAAGAAGAGCCCGAGAUAAACAAACCUUUAAUACAAGUUGGGGACCUGCCAAUGUUCCCUGGAGAAACACAAGAGAGGAAGAACGAGGAGAAGGAUCUGUGCAGCGGCAAGCCAGCAGACGGCAUGGUGGCCCUGCCCAAUGGCACCCUGGCCGUCUUCCGAGGUCACUAUUAUUGGCUGCUGAACGGCCGGACCCCACCGACCACCAACCCCCGCCGGAUCAGCGACGGCUGGGGCAUCCCCUCGCCCAUCGACUCUGUCUUUUCCAGGUGUAACUGCGAUGGGAAAACCUUCUUCAUCAAGGGUCCCCUGUACUGGCGCUUCACUAAUGGUGUUAUGGAUAAAGGCUAUCCCAAACCUCUUGCAACUGGAUUUGCAGGGUUAAGUGGGAGAAUAGUAGCAACCCUCCCUGUGGCAAGAUACAACAACAGACCAGAAUCUGUUUAUUUUAUCAAAAGAGAUGGGAACAUGCAGCAGUACGUGUACAGACAAGAACCAGCCAAGAAGUGUCAAAGAAGAGCUCGUGUCACCAUCAGAUAUCCAGCCUUUGUUCCCAGACUUGUCAUCCGGCGACGUUUCCAGCGUGCUGUGCAAAUGCCAACCAUCAUCCGCACUGUCAGGAUCAACCCCCACCCCUCUGGAGCUCUGCGCAAGGAAGUCCAAAUGACGACAUACUGGAGAGGGCUCCCCAAAGUUAUCCACUCAACUCUCUCUGUGCCCAACCAGAACAAGCCCGAUGGCUACGAUUACUAUGCCUUCUCUUACAAUCGGUACUACAGUUUGGAUGUUGGCAAAAGAAUAGCACGACCUGUUACUGCUCUCACAGGAAAGACUGUAUCCAAAGACUGGUACAACUGUCCCAGCAAGUGAUGCGCAGCAGCAGAGUUUAAAACAAGAUGCCAUU